UAAAUAUAUGUAUAAAAGUAUUGUUUUUUCCUUAUUUAUUUGUAUUAUUUGCGUUUAACAACUCUUUUCACGAUUAGAUACUUUUCAAUUAGACAUUAAUGUAAUUGCGUUGUCUCUUUCGAUUUUAUAUAAAAUUACGCAUCAACGAGAGAAAUUAAUUACAAAUAAUAAUUAUUAAUUAUCUACAAAUUACUCUUGUUAAAAAUAUAUUUCUGAUAAAUUAUCAUUAAAUUUGACCAAAUUUCGAAAAUCCUUUUGAAUUAAAAUUACUACACAAAGAAUUGUACUGAGUAAAUAUAAAAAAAAACUUUAUCUCCGUCAAAUAAUUACAAUAUUUUACAGUUUAUUUUAGUGUGCAAAAACAAUAAGUAAUUAGAAAAAGAUAAUAGAAACUGCUAACGUUUCAAUAAUAAAUAUCAGUAUUAUUUAAAUUGAUUGUUAGAGACAGCGUAUGUAUUAUAUAUUUGCUCUAUAAUUAUUUCAUAAUAAUUGAAACGGAUAUGUAUAUCUCUCCUUGUAAUUUGUACAUAUUUAUUCGCUCUAAAUCUGCUCAAGCAAAUUUUCUUACACUGAGCGUCAACAAAUUUGUGUCUUGUUUCCUCAAUUCGUUUUCACAAAAUUGUCGAACAUUUGCAGAAAAAAAGAAAAGAAAAAUGGAUGUCGCGAGAUCAAAGAUUUGUAAAUUUGAAGACAUUCAGAAGUGUCAAACAUUCCACAGGAAUAGAGCGUAACCUAGCAGCUAAAUUGCUUUCUUCUACGAAGAAAAGAUUUCGAGCAUGCAAAAGGCUGCGAGGUUGAGGACGCAGAAUUAUGUCGAAGAGGAGAGACGAGCGUACUUCCCUGUACGCAUACUUAUUUAUAAUAGCGUUAAACUUCCUUAUGCUCCAGUUUGAACAUUUCUGAACGUUUUGUCGUGAGCGGCCAGCAAUGUUGAGUUCUGGAGUGUGGUGUGUAAAUAUACAUAUAUGUACUGAGCGAUAAUUAAUAACGACAAUUGUAACUGAGACGAGAGUAAUGAUAUGUAAGACGAUCAAUGUAUAUGUGUGUGUAUACGGGUGCGUGUGUGUGCGCGCGUGUGCGAGUUGCGUGUGUCCGCAGAGCGAGAACAAAAACGACUACCAGUGUCAUAAUGUUACUUUACAAAGCAUGAUCCCUUCUUGAUCGUAAAUCCCUAAUGAAAGUCCUCCACUACUGCGACACGCACUUGUUUUUAUUGUUUCAUUCACAACGAACUGUGAGAAUGAAUCGCCCAUAUUUCUUACGAGAAUUGUUAACAUGUUAGUUAUUGGCACACAAUGUCAAUAGAAUUGUCUCACUCCACUUCCCCUAAUCCGAAAUGAAAUUUCACGUUUACUUCUUUCAAUACUUCCCUCGCUAAGGAUCUUGAGAUUCGAAUUUUUCUCGGCAUUGGAAAUAGAGAUUCUGGAAUAUUGGAACUUCAAGAAAGCGGACUUCAUUGUUAAAUGUUGUGAAUUAUUGGAUCGAUUUUGAAUUCUUGGAUCUCGGGAAUCCUUAGAGGUACGAAUUCUUCAACUUUUAAAUCCUUGCAAUCUUCUUGAGUCGUAAUCCUUUAUCUUAAAAUUUCAUAAACUAUCGAUUUUUUAGAAUGUUUUAAUUGCUGUUCUAGAUUGUUUUAUCAUGUUAUAUCUUGUGAUCCUCUUCAAGUUCUGGAGGUCCUCAUAUUAAUGUAUCCUCGUCCCUUAAGAACAGACCUUUCAUGAAACCUGACUGAUUUAUUAUAAGUUUUAUAGCCGAUUUUCAACGAAUCACUUAGCCACGUAAUUUUGAGAAGCGCCUCGUACACGAUCCGAUUAAUUGCAAAAACGAAUAGUAAAGCUCUUUUCUUGCGUAAUAAUUUAAUAAUCUGUAGCGAUUUUGAAAAAGUAGAACAUUGUAGUUCAGCAUGUUGUUAAGAUUCACGAUUGAUUGUGAACUAAUAUAUUUUAUUUUUCAUUUCACAAAUAUUUUGAAUUUUGAAACUUUUUUUGAUAACCAAUCGCGUAGUUUUACUAUUGCUUUUACCGGAUCGUGUGUGAUUUGAGUCAUGUACAUGUUUCUAUUGAUUUUGAGAUUAUUGCUCAGAAAAUAAAAAAAGAGAAAUCGAUCGAAACGAUGGAAAUAGUAAGCGAUAAGAGUGAUAGUGAUGAUGGCAAUGAUGAAGGUAUAUGCAAAAUGGCAGCUUUUUAAUAUGUCAAAAAGUAUUGUCAACAAAUACUCUUAAACGUUUUAAUUAAAAGUAAUUCGUACGAUAUAUAAGAUCACAAAGUUUUAAGUCUGUUUUUUUACUCUUUACCUGCUUCUUGGUUGCUUGGAUACAAUUGUGUAAUCAAUAUAUUUUAUAGCGUUCAGUUAUAUCAAUAUAUAACUGAAUAGAUAGGUAGUGAGGUUCCAUUUAUAAAGACAUAAAAUAAGUUGAAUUAACCGAAAAUUAUACGAGAAACUUUAAACUUCGAUAAUUAUGCCUGCAAUAAUUAUAAAGGAUUAUCAGUGGCGACAGACAGAAAAAAAAAUUAUCAUUUACGUGCCACUGAAAGGCUGUCCUAAAAAUGUGGAUUUAUUUGUCAUGGACAAUUACGUAAAGAUUAGCUUUCCGCCUUUUCUUUUGGAAUUGUUUCUCUGGGGAAAUGUACUUGAAGAAGAAAGCAAAUGUACUUUAGCAGAUACCGAAGCUAUUUUCUCUUUACAAAAAGCGAUUAUUGCUUCCGAUUGGCCAAGUCUUGAGAUGGAAAGCAUUAGCAAAGAGAAAAAACAUGAUCAUAGAAAUCGAAUUUUAGAAAAGAUGCAAAAUGUUUUGGAAAGUCGCGCAAAAUCUAAAAGUGAAAAACGUGAACUAUUGCAAAAAGAAGCGGUAAAAGUGCAGAUUAAUUUGGAUACCAAUACAUUAAAUAAAAUAGAAUCCUUGAGAGAUUCAAAUCGAAAAGCUGCAAUGCAAAACUUCGAAGAAUGGCGGUCGAAAGCAGAAGAACCAAUAUUUCAAAAUAUCUGUGGGAAAGUACAAAAGAAUAGAAAAGAGUACAGGCCUGCACUUAAGUGGUUUAAAGAUGAACUCGGUAUCUUAAAAUCUUAUGAAAUCGACACAAAAAACUUAAAUAAAAACAUAGAAGAAAACCGACAUGAAAAUUCAAUUAAAAAAUUAAAAAAAGAAUCAAGUGACAAAAAUCUAAACAAAGAAUUAAUUGUUGAAAAUAUGAAAGAAGAGUCAAAUAUCGAAAAAACUUUGAAAGAAACUUCGCUUAUUGAAAAAAAUGUAAAAUCAGUAUCAAAUACUGAAGAAAAACUAAAAACGGAAUCAAUUGUUAAAGAAAGUCCAAGAAAAGAAUCGAUUAAUAAAGUGAAUUUGAUAGAAAAGGCAGUUUUUAAUAAAAAUAUACACGAAAGAGUAAAUUGUUCAAACGUAAAAAAAAAUAUUUUAAGCGAGAGUUUUAACUCCGAAGAAACGUUUUGCAAUUUCGAAGAUUCCGAAUCGAAUUGCAGUUCAGAUUCUGAUCAAACGCCUAAUAAAUCAUCAAGUCCUUUAAUUAAGGAAAUGACGAAAAAAUUGUCACGGAAAUGUUACUUGACGAUGAAGAAAGAGAAGUCCGACCACGAUUUAAUUGAUAGAAUAUUGAAGAAUCGAUACUCCAGAAUGAGCCAAAUAUUCGAUGAACCUGCAAAAUCAGUUCCGCUUCCUAGAAGAAAUGGAACUAUUAAUAUAACAUUUUCUGAGAGGGUCUUUCCUACUCCAGCGAGAGAAAGUGUUUACGCCGAAGAACAAGAAUGGCUUGCCAAACAAGCAGAAGCUAGAAGAAAGACUGGAUUUGUCGACAAAGAUCUUCGUCUUGAAGAGCAAGAUCCUCAGUGGUUGAAGGAUAAGGGCGACGAUUUCUUCAAAGCAGGAAAUUAUUUAGCCGCUAUCAGCGCAUAUUCUCACGGGAUAAAAAUCAGCGACAAAAUGGCAGCGCUCUAUUUGAACAGAUCUGCUGCGCAUUACGCUAUUGGAAAUUAUUACAGGUGUAUUGAUGAUUGUUCUAAGGUAUUAGAACUGAUUGAACCGAAAUGCGAAAGUAACAGAGUGUCGCGAGCAAGAUGUUAUGCUCGUCGAGGUGCUGCGCUUUGUAAAUUAUCCGCGCCGCAACACGGAAUUCCCGAAUUGGAAGCUGCUCUCAAGUUAGAUCCAACUAACGAAAGUAUCAAAUCCGAUCUCGAAGCCGCUAAACAAUACUUUAACAUAAAGAACUAAAAAGAAAAGAAAAAAUAUCGAUGAGGAUAUAUAGGAGAAAGUCUUUAAGUUCUUCAAGAUGAAAAAAUCUUUGGAUUCUGAGAUAUAUAAUAUAUCACUUAUAUCUGCGCGUG